CAUCAAAGAUUGCAAAAAAGUGUGUGCAUUCUAAUCUCUUUUUGCCAUCCUUCUGCCAUCACAUGACAUGUUGGGACCUUUUUCCUGUUCGUUUAUUCUUCUCUUUCUCUUCUUGUACGUCCUCCAUUAUUUUUUUUUUCCUUCAGUCUCCUCCUCUUCUUGCCCAUCCUCCAUUAAUUUGUUUGUCAUCAUCUCUUUCUUCUUUUCUUCAUCGUUUUCUUCUUUAUACACUUUCUUCCUUGCUUUGUGGCACCUCACCUUUCUGGUCUUUUACAUUUUCUUGGUUCUCUUAUUUCUAGUCCUCUUUCUUUUUUUUUCCUUCCUCCUAUUCAUUCUGCUUUAUCCUGCACUUUUUUUUUUUUACCUUCUCGUCUUUUUUAUUUUUCUUAUUGUUCUGCAAGAUUAAGCAUUAUAGGAACAGUUUGAUGAGAAAGUUUACAGUGUUGCCUCUGUGCAAGAAAUGUAGGCAUAAAGAGGAGGGAGUAGACAAGUGGGUCCCAUUUCAUGGGGCCACUCGGCGUCCAAUCAGGGGUCAUGUUUAGGUGGGACCGAAAAAAGAGUCCGAGUCUUUGGUCCCGCGGUCCAACGUCUGGGUCGAGACCGGGGUUAAUUGACCAAAACUCCCAAAUCGCGCGACCGGGUCGAACCGGGAUUGGUUCGAUUUUAUAAUCAAGAUUUACGUAGACCGGUUCGGUUAUUAUGUUCAGGAAUUGAGUCGGUGUGGCGGUUCAAGGAAACCCGUACCCAUUUCUCUGCGUCAGUUUGGUUGUUCUCCGUAGGUCAUGGAUGCGGCGGCUGGCGAAGCUUCUGCCGCCCGCACCGCCGUCCUGUUAACCGGGGGCGGCUCCGUGUGCCCAUCCCGGGAGGCCCAUCCGGCGGAACCCAAGGAUGGCGGCACGAAUCCGACAAGCCGAGGCGAGGUCGGUUCUUGUCAAGUAGCAACGAAGCCUCAAUCCGAGGCGGACGAGCACAGGGGAAGGGAGGCGGAGGUGUCGUUGUUGGAUGAGAGCAAAUUUGACGUGAAUCUCCAGCUCUGGUCUCUCCGGAUUCCACGGGAACAUUGCACGUCCGUCGGCCGCCUCCUCCACGGAUAUAUGCUGGACAGAGCUCGUAUCAAACCCAUUGUUGAGGAUCCAACUAGUGAGAAAAAUCGUCUUGUCAUACUAUCUGAAAAGAUACAAAAUUCUGAUUUAUCUGAAAUUCCAAGUCAUGUGUUGGAUCCCCUAAAGGGUCUAUGCAACAUUGAAGCAGUGCCAUAUUCAUUAACACUAGGAUAUCCAUAUUGGGGUGCAGAUCAUAUUUUAAAGCAAAUACUACCCCAUGGAAUGGAGGUACCAACUUCCUUUGAAACAGUAGGACAUGUUGCUCAUCUGAAUUUGACAGAAGACCAACUUCCUUAUAAGGAUGUCAUCGCAAAGGUUAUAUAUGAUAAAAAUCAGCCAAUAAUUCAAACUGUGGUGAAUAAAAUUGGAACCAUUACAAAUGAGUUUCGAGUGCCAACUUUUGAAGUUCUAGCAGGAAAAAGUGAUAUGGUCACUGAAGUAAGGCAGUAUGGUGUUACAUUUAAACUUGAUUAUAGCUUGGUCUAUUGGAACUCGAGACUUGAACAUGAACACAUUCGCUUGGUUUCAUUGUUCCAAAGAGGAGAGACAAUUUGUGAUAUGUUUGCUGGAAUAGGUCCUUUUUCCAUUCCAGCAGCACGAAAAGGUUGCCAUGUAUAUGCAAACGACUUAAAUCCUGAUAGUGUUCAUUAUCUACAGAUUAAUGCAAAUAUUAACAAGGUAGAGGACUGUGUUUUUGCAUAUAACAUGGAUGCAAGGGCUUUCAUGCACCAUGUAAUGACAGUGCCCGAUUCUGAUGGUAUGCAAAAAACUGGAGAAGCUGUUUCAAAUGAAGAUCAUUACCACAAAUUAGCAACCGAUGAAAAAGAAGUUGUUACCCUAGAAAUGCUCAAUGCUGGAAAAGAUAAUCAAGAUUCUGUAAAUGAGUCAUCUGUAAAAAAAAAAACUGCUGUUAAAAGACAGCUGGACAAGGCUAGCGAAGUGUUUCAGGGAAAUAGGAAUACCAACAAGAGAAUCAAAGGCUUCCAUUUAACAGUGUUUAGGCCAUGGGAGCAUGUUGACCAUGUAAUCAUGAAUCUUCCAGCUUCUGCUUUGGAUUUUUUAGAUGUCUUUAAGGGCCUUAUUCAAAGGGAACACUGGAGGGGGUCUUUACCUUGGAUACACUGCUAUUGCUUCAUUCGAUCAACUGAAACCAAAGAAUCAAUAUUAUCUAAAGCAGAGUCUCUUUUGAGUACUAAGAUAGCAGACCCGAUUUUCCAUCGGGUUAGGGACGUUGCCCCCAACAAGGCUAUGUUCUGUUUAAGCUUCAAGCUACCAACAGAGACCUGUUGCCGAGAUGUUAAUAACGUUGGUGCUGAAUGAAAUAGCUUGAUAUGGAUAAAAUAACUAUAUAAUGCGUAAACUUUGCCGGAGAUGUAUCAGCUUCCCAAUGGAAGCUUGACGGUAUUGAACUAUAUACCAGCCUUACAGUGUCGGAUGUAUCUUUUGACUAUAACUAUGAUUGGAAAACCAUGAAUUCUAACCUAGACAAGAGGAUAUCGCUUAAGCAUCUGAUUUAGCUCUA